AUGGUCUGGGGGAGCACCCCGGAGCCCCCGACCCGGGCACCGCCACCGCCUGCAGCCGUCGGAAGCGCUCGGACACCCCGGGGAACGGACAGCGGCAGCAGGGGGGGCUCGGACCCCCCGGAAAGCGACCACCGGGCAGAGACCCCAGGGGACGAGGGGGCAGAGCCCCCCUUUUCCCACCCCCCCGACCUCGAACCGCCCACGAACUGCUGCAUGAGCGGCUGCGCCAACUGCGUCUGGAUCGAGCACGUGGAGCGGCUGCUGCAGCACUACGGGGACGGGGGCGAGCGGGCGCUGGCGGCCGUCGAGAGGCACGUGCAGGACGAGAGCAUCAAAAUGAUCCUGCGGACGGAGAUCAGGCUGCGCGCGAAGAAGGACUGAGCCCUGCCUCAACGGUCGCCCGGCGGAACCUCCCCGCUGUGCUCCGGGAGCCGCUUUGGGGCGCCCGGUUUGUGGGGUCGGGGCCCGGUUUCUUCGGGGUGCUCGCUUGUGGGGGCUGAGGCGGGGGGGGGGACGCUGCGUGGUGCCCCCUGGGGCCAGCUGCUUUUGCUCCCUCAAGCCUUUUAUAUAUAUAUAAAUAUA